AUGUGGGUAUUUUCAGGAGGACAUGGAUUUGGACUUGAUCAAUUCAGUAUUCCGACUAGUAUUAUACGUAAUCGUAGGACGGGCGUACUUAUCAUCAGUGAUACUGGAAAUGACCGUAUUAUGCUAUACUUUCCAGUUGCAACGGAUGGUAUUGUGAUUGCCGGGGGUAAUUUAGUCAACCCUAAUCCGUUGAACGGACCAGCCGGUUUCUAUGUCCAUCCAACAGGAGAGAGUCUUGUGAUCGCUAAUACGUUUAGUCACAACGUUAUUCGCUGGUUUCUAAACGACAAUACAGUCACAGUUCUUGCUGGCGAUAUUAAUGGAGAGGCUGGUGAUACGCCGGUACUACUAAGCUUUCCCAAAGAUGUAACUUCCGAUUCCCUUGGAAAUCUGUACGUGGCUGAUACGGGAAAUAAUCGUAUACAGUUGUUUAAGGCUGGUCAAACUGUUGGUAUUACCAUUGCAGGAGUAGCUGGACUAGCCGAUGCUGAUCCAUCCUCAUUACGUCGUCCCACUGCCAUUCAACUCGAUGAUCAAGGGAAUUUCCACAAUCGAUUACAAUCGAAGAAACAAACAUUCUGCAAUACUAAUCGAAUAAAAUUGAUUAAGGCCAAGGAGGAUACGACUGAUUUAACUGACUUUAAGUCAUCAAUGUCAUUAAAAGUCGUUGUAAGUCAAUUAAGUAAAAAAAGUCAUAAAAGUCAUGAAAAUCAUGUGUAA